ACUUGAGUGCUCUGUAAUCUACACCUCGUGAUCAUUCACCACCUUGUUAACUGCUUAUCAUCAUACAGUCUAUGCUUAUCCUCAACUGUGGUAAACAUGAGCAGAGGGCUUUAACAGCAAACCAGAAAGACUUCGCUCCAGACGUACACACACCAAGGAGGCGACCAUGACCGCUUGGCUAUGAAACAUCGGGACCCAUGGCGGCUUGGCACCGGAUAACCGACCUCUCUUUGCUGCUCCAAGUCGGUUUGUUAUUGUUGCUGUUAUCGGCUGGGAGCAGCGGGAGACCGCUGGAGAAAUGUCUCGGCGGCAAUUCUUGUUCGCCCCCGCGACCCCCCGUGGUCCUCAUUCCGGGGGAUCUGGGAAACCAGUUGGAGGCGAAGCUGGAUAAACCCAGUGUGGUCCAUUACAUCUGCUAUAAGAAGACUGACUUCUUCACUCUGUGGCUCAACCUGGAGCUGCUGGUCCCUGUAGCCAUAGACUGUUGGAUCGACAACAUAAGGCUGAUCUACAACAGGACCACACACAGCACCUCGCCACCGCCGGGUGUGGACAUCCGUGUCCCGGGGUUCGGACAGACAUUUCCACUGGAGUAUCUGGACCCCAGCAAACACAGUGUUGGCAUGUAUUUCUUUACCAUAGUGCAGUCGCUGGUAGACUGGGGCUACACCCGAGAUGAUGAUGUCAGAGGAGCUCCCUAUGAUUGGAGGAAAGCCCCCAAUGAGAAUAAAGAGUAUUUCCUGGCACUGCAACAGAUGAUUGAAGAGAUGGCGGAGAAGGCGGGUGGGCCUGUGGUGCUCAUCGCGCACAGCAUGGGCAACAUGUACACCUUGUACUUCCUCAACCAGCAGCCACAGGCCUGGAAAGACAAAUACAUCAAAGCAUUCAUUGCCCUGGGAGCACCAUGGGCAGGGGUGGCCAAGACCCUCCGUGUGGUCACCUCUGGUGAUAAUAACCGCAUCCCAGUGAUCAGCCCGUUGAAGAUUCGCUCCCAACAACGUUCUGCUGUCUCCACCUCCUGGCUGCUCCCCUAUGCCCACUCCUGGCCCAAAGAUCAGAUCUUGGUGCAGACGCCCACCACCAACUACACUGUGCUGGACUACAAGCGCUUCUACUCAGACAUCGGUUUUGAGGACGGUUGGCUGAUGCGGCAGGACACGGAGCCACUGGUGGCCGACCUCAGGCCCCCCGGAGUGGCCGUCCAUUGCUUGUACGGCAGUGGUGUCCCCACGAUGGAGUCCUUCCAGUACUCUGACAAGUUCCCCGACGUGGAGCCCACGGUUGUGUCAGGCGACGGGGAUGGGACGGUGAACCUACGGAGCGGCAUCCAGUGCAGGCGGUGGGUGGGAAAGCAAAAACAGCCUGUGAUGUUAAAGGAGCUUCCAGGGAACGAACAUGUGAACAUGCUGUUGAACGUAACGACUGUGUCUUACAUCAAGACUGUGCUGUUCUCCCCAUGAUGCUGGCAGAAACUGAUGGCUUUACACACACACACACACACACACACACACACACACACACACACACACACACACAGGCUCAUCUCGCCUUUCUCUCUGAACAUUGACUGCCAAAAUAUUCCUGUGCAGAAUUAAGUUAAUUUAAAUAACUUUUAUAGUUGUAAUUAUACAACUUAUGUUAAUGUCAUGUUGUUUACUGUUGAGUGAGCCCAAAUACAAUAAUGUUUAUAUUGGUCUCUGCUUUUAAAGAACCCCCGAGAUUGUAUCUACUAAAUCCACAUAUUAAUAUAGGACGUUUAUGUACAAGUCUAUCGCAGGGAUAUCCUCUAUGUGCCACUUUCCUAAGCUAUUAAUCAAAGUCAGAUGUUUUUAUUAAAGUUGUGAGAGAGAUUUCUGAACUCUUUUGACUCUAAUGUUGUUAGGCUAAAUGGUAAAGCACAUACUGUUUUUUUGUUGUUAUAUCUUUCUCAGUGCAACAGGUCAGGUUUUGUGCUUGGUAUGUGUUUAAAAAGUAGACCCUAACCAAAACAACUUGCUUAAUUUUUUUUUUUGUCAUUUGAUUUCUAUUGAUCCUUUUUUUUUGCAUGCAGCCAAGCUGAUGGUCUGGGGUUUUUGUUUAUCUUGUGUUGUGCACAUUACAUGAGUCGCGCGCUGAAGGACUGGAUACCUUAGUCACGUUGCAGCCACUCAAAGGUCUGACAAAAAGAUUAAACCGUUUUUGGACAGAAAAUCUUAACUCAAAGUCCACUUACUAGCUUUUUCAGGAGCUUUGAAUAACAUCUCACGGUCUUAAUCAAUGAAAGGAGUCAGCUCCAUCCAUUGUUUGCUCUAUUCAUUGACGAAGACCAGAGAUGCAGUUGAAAGCUCCAGAAAAAGCUAGCAAGUGGACUCUUAGUCACCAUUUGUUUUGUCAAACGCUUGAAAAA